AGUGAUUCGAUCGAUCUCUUGAAUGCAAUACAAAAAUGAGGAACGUAUCCCGCUGCUGUCUAGGCAGUUUUCGAAAGCGAGCUCCAUAUCCGAUGUCACCAAGGAUGACACCAAACCUGCGCCAACCAAGAAAGGCAUACUUCACUUAGCCUCACCUCUGGAUUAUUUGCUGUUAGUGUUAGGCUCUCUAGCAUCAAUUAUUCAUGGAGCAGGAUUUUCUGUCCUUGGUAUCGUACUGGGAGGAAUGACAACGGUUUUCCUCAGAGCACAAAAUUCUGAUUUUGUGCUUGGUGAGAACAUGAGCGAUCCGAAUGGAUUGCCACAACUCACAAAGGAAGAAUUCAACAAAGAAGUGAAAAUGUAUUGUAUUUACUAUCUUGUAUUAGGUGUGGCAAUGUUUGUAACAUCGUACAUUCAGAUAGCUUGUUUCGAAAGUUAUGCGGAAAAAAUUGCUUACAAAUUGCGUCAAAUUUACCUGAAGGCCAUUCUUAGACAAGAGAUCUCAUGGUUCGACGAACAACAGACUGGAAACCUCACAGCUAGACUGACUGAUGAUCUCGAACGUGUCCGAGAAGGAUUAGGUGACAAACUGUCGUUAUUCAUCCAAAUGGUUUCUGCAUUCUUCGCUGGAUUUGGCGUCGGAUUCGCUUAUAGCUGGUCUAUGACAUUAGUGAUGAUAAGUGUCGCCCCCUUCAUAGUAGCGUCAGCAAGUUGGAUGGGAAAAACUGUCGCGACAAGAACACAAGUCGAACAGGAGAUUUACGCAGUGUCCGGUGCGAUUGCGGAAGAAACUUUCUCAUCCAUACGUACUGUACAUGCUCUUUGUGGGCAUAAAAGAGAAUUGAACAGGUUCCAAAAAUCUCUGGAAAAAGGGCGAAAUAGUGGUUUGGUAAAAUACUUCUACAUGGGCGUAGGAGUUGGAUUUGGUCAACUUUGCACUUAUGUUUCAUAUGCUUUGGCAUUUUGGUACGGCUACAUUCUCAUCAUGAAAGAUCCGGAUAUUGAUCGAGGAAGAAUUCUUACCGUGUUUUUUGCCGUAAUGUCUGGCUCGGCUGCACUUGGUAAUUGUCUUCCCCAUCUCAACAAUAUCUCCAUUGGCCGAGGUGCUGCAAGACAAGUACUAAAAGUCAUCAAUAAUCAGCCAAAAAUCGAUCCAUACUCCAAAGAUGGUGUUGUGCUGAACAAUUUGAAGGGUGCUAUACGCUUGAGGAAUGUACACUUCUCUUAUCCGUCAAGAAAAACGAUACCAGUGCUAAAAGGCAUCUCAAUAGAUGUUGCUGCCGGGCAAAAAAUCGCAUUGGUUGGUGGCAGCGGUUGCGGAAAGUCUACGGUAGUCAACUUGUUACUCAGAUUCUACGAUCCACUCAAAGGAAAGGUGACUAUAGACGACGUCGAUGUAUGCGAUCUCAACGUUCAAGCCCUGCGCGAUCAAGUUGGCGUUGUAAGCCAGGAACCGAUACUGUUCGAUGGCACCUUGUUUGAAAAUAUAAAAAUGGGCAAAGAAGACGCUACUGAAGCAGAAGUUAGGGAGGCGUGCCGAUUGGCAAACGCUGCAGAUUUUAUCAAACAGUUACCGGACGGUUAUGCGACACGUGUCGGCGAAAGGGGUGUCCAAUUGAGCGGUGGCCAAAAGCAACGAAUAGCGAUCGCCCGUGCGAUAAUCAAAAAUCCCAAGAUCCUUUUACUUGAUGAGGCCACCAGUGCGUUAGAUUCUGAAGCGGAAACCAUUGUCCAAGAGGCUUUGGAAAAGGUCCAAUCAGGCCGAACAACAAUCAUAGUGGCACAUCGACUAUCUACGAUCAGAAAUGUGGACCAAAUCUUUGUUUUCAAGAACGGUGUGAUAGUCGAACAAGGCACACAUGCCGAAUUAAUGGAAAAACACGGUGCUUUUUAUGAAAUGACACAAGCGCAAGUAUUGCGACAACAAAAAGAGAUGGAACCCAUGGAUUUGGACAGCGAAGAAACAGACCAAUUUUCCGCUGACGGAAUCAGAAGGCUUGACUCGGUGGUGUCCAGAAAAUCAUCAACUAGAAGCGGUGUGUCAAGCAUACACAGCAUGCAGCAAGACGCGGAGGAGGUUAAUGUAGAACCAACUCCAAUGUCGAAGCUGUUCUACUUCAAUCGCGAUAAAUGGGGUUUCUUCGGUUUGGGUCUACUUGCAACCAUUAUCGGAGGUACAAUCACUCCGGUAUUUGCAUUGGUUUAUGCUCAAAUCAUUGGGACGUACUCAUUACCAGUGGAUGAAAUGAAGCGAGAAGUGUACUUUUGGUGUGGAAUGUUUUUAGUGAUUGGUGCUGUACAAGCGCUUUCAUUUUUCGCAUCGGCCAUGUGUUUGGGUCGAUGUGGUGAGAAUCUGACGAUGAAACUACGUUUGGAAGCAUUUCGUAAUCUUUUACGACAAGACAUCGGAUUCUAUGACGAUUUGCGACAUGGAACCGGAAAGCUCUGCACGCGAUUUGCUACUGAUGCACCAAAUGUCCGAUAUGUUUUCACGCGUCUGCCUUCUGUGCUUUCGUCAGCAGUCACCAUAAUCGGAGCUUUGGUGAUCGGUUUUGUGUUCGGAUGGAAAUUAGCUUUUGUUUUGGUCAUUCUAAUUCCUCUUAUUAUUGGAAGUGGUUACUUCGAAAUGAAAAUGCAUUUUGGUAAGAAAAUGCGAGACUCAAAGCUUUUGGAAGAAGCCGGGAAAGUUGCCUCGCAAGCUGUUGAACAUAUUAGGACUGUGCAAGCUCUGAACAGACAGGAGCAAUUUCACUUCACAUAUUGCGAAUAUCUUCGUGAGCCACAUAAGGAAAAUCUCUGGCAAACCCACACAUACGGUUUCGUCUUUGCCUUCUCACAGUCUUUGAUCUUCUUCAUGUAUGCUGUAGCAUUCUGGGUCGGUUCAAUUUUUGUCAACAAUAAGUCAAUGAUGCCGAUUGACGUCUACAGAGUUUUCUUCGCAUUUAUGUUCUGUGGACAAAUGGUUGGAAAUAUUUCCUCUUUCAUUCCUGAUGUUGUGAAAGCAAGGCUAGCCGCAUCUUUGCUAUUUUAUCUCAUCGAGCAUCCUACGGAAAUCGACUCACUAUCAGAAGACGGGUCUAGAAAGAAACUCACAGGAAAUAUUACAUUCCGCAAUGUCUACUUCAACUAUCCAACGAGGAAGCAUGUUCGAAUCCUGCGUGGACUAAGCUUGGAGGUAAAACCCGGAACAACUGUAGCCUUAGUUGGCCGUUCUGGCUGUGGAAAAAGCACAGUGAUGGCCUUGUUGGAACGAUUUUACAAUCCAAAAAGAGGCACCAUAUCAAUUGAUGGCGAGAACAUCAAAAAUUUGAACAUUCGUUGUCUUCGUGAGCAAGUGUGCAUUGUGAGUCAAGAACCUACAUUAUUCGACUGCACACUUCGUGAGAACAUCUGUUAUGGAUUAGAAGAAGAGCCUUCUUAUGAAAAGAUUGUUGAAGCCGCUAAGAUGGCUAAUAUUCACAAUUUUGUUUUGACACUUCCGCAGGGUUAUGACACUCGGGUAGGCGAGAAAGGUACCCAGCUGUCAGGCGGACAAAAACAACGAAUAGCCAUAGCACGGGCUUUGAUACGAAAUCCACCGGUGCUACUUCUUGAUGAGGCUACAAGUGCUUUGGACACGGAAAGCGAGAAGGUUGUCCAAGAAGCGCUAGAAGUGGCUAGCAAAGGCAGGACGUGCAUAGUCAUAGCUCAUAGAUUAUCCACAAUUCAAAAUAGUGAUGUUAUAAUUAUGGUACAAGAGGGUAAAUCUGGCGAUAGGGGCACACAUGAACAAUUGCUGAGACGUUGUGAUCUGUACAAAAGGCUUUGUGAAACACAAAGGCUUGUUGAAUCGCAAUGAGAUCGGCGAACGCCUGAAGCAAAAUUAUUGUUGUGUUGUUUCGAAUUUCUGUUCAUUUUGUAUAUACGAGAUUAUGCCAUGAUCUUUUGGACAUCACCUCUUGUCCUUGUUUAGCU